AUGUCAGAUACUGAAGCUUCGAUCAAAGCCGACCAUCUCUGUGUCCUGGUGCAUGGCCUCUGGGGCAAGCCAUCGCACCUUGACUAUAUGGCAGCGGCGUUGAAGGAAAGAUACGGAAAAGAUCUUCACAUUCUAUGUCCAGAGGGAAACAGCGGCAACUUCACCUACGAUGGCAUCGAGGUGGGUGGCGAACGCGUGGUGCAUGAGAUCGAAGACACCCUAGAGAAAUUGGAGAACAAAGGGCAGAAGAUCAAAAAAAUCAGCGUUGUUGGCUACUCUCUAGGAGGUCUGGUUGCUCGAUAUGCCAUUGGGUUGCUUCAAGCCCAUGGGUGGCUAGAUAAAGUGGAACCCAUGAACUUCACAACAUUUGCCUCACCACAUAUUGGUGUGAGAACUCCCCUCAAGGGGAUAAGAGGUCAAAUAUGGAAUGGGCUAGGGCCGCGACUGGUCUCCAUAUCUGGCCAGCAGUUGUUCAUGGUGGAUUCGUUCCGCGACACCGGCCGGCCCCUGCUAAGCAUCCUCGCCGACCCAGAGAGCAUUUUCAUCCAGGGAUUGAAGAGGUUCCAAAAUCGGAGUGUGUAUGGCAACGUUGUGAAUGAUCGCACUACGGCAUUCUACACGACUUUGUUCACGAAAACGAAUCCCUUCAGGGACCUCGAAAAAAUCAAUAUUAACUACGUGGAAGGUUACGAGCAAGUGAUUGUUGACCCUGAUGAGUUCUUGCUACCGCUCAACGCAAAGGAGCCUGAAGAUCGUGCGUCUGAAACGUGGAAACAGACGAAAGAUUUUGUACACAAUAUGCCUUUUUACCUGCUUAUUCUGCUGUUACUUCCCCCCGCUUCCACAAUUUUCUGCAUCAAUGCUGCGAUUCAAACAUUCCGCAGCCAGAAAAGAAUUCGCUUGCAUGUGGAAGGCAAAAACGGUGCGCUUUUUGGGAAGUACAAGGUACCCUUACUGGUGCAAGAUAUGCAACACGUGAUGGACGAAGUCCUCGAGAAUGCCAGUGCUCGACAAGAGCCUGCCUAUCUCUCGGGAUCUGAUGUUGAAGCGUCUGACUCCCUUGAGAAGACCACCGGAAGGGGUUCAAAGCCGAUUGAAUUCGACUCAGAUUCAUCGGCAGUUUGCCAGUCCCCACCUAUUGGCCACGAUGUACCCAAGUCCCCCAAGCUCGCUCUCACACCCGACCAAUUCGACAUGAUUGAUUCUUUGAAUGACGUGGGAUUCCGGAAAUACCCUGUUUAUAUUCAUAAACACCGACACUCUCAUGCAGCUAUCAUUGUUCGAAUUCAAAAGGACAGUUUUAACGAGGGCAAACUGGUCAUGAAACACUGGCUUGACAAUGGUUUCAUGGUAUAA